AAUCUGAGUAGAAGUUCCAGCUGCUCCGCAACUCACUCUCAUGACUCAUCAUAUUCAUCCCCUCCAAAUACACAGAAACGAGAACUUGCAGAGCCGCUAACUCCAACAAUGUCUAAACUCCUCCUCCUCCUCCUCCUCUCCUUCCUCUUCUGCUCCCUCACCCUCUGCGCCCCCGUUACUUAUCCGCCGCCGACCAACCUCUCCCCCGGCGACGCCAUUUGGCUCCUAUCCUUCAAGGCCAAAGCCGACCUUGACAAUAAGAUUCUCUACAUCCUGAACGAGCGCUUCGACUACUGCCAAUGGAAGGGCGUCAAGUGCGCCCAGGGCCGUGUCGUCCGUUUCCUCCUCCCGAAUUUCGGCCUCCGCGGCACCUUUCCCGCCAACUCCCUCUCCCGCCUCGACCAGCUCCGUGUCCUCAGUCUCCAUAACAACUCCCUCUACGGCCCCAUCCCUGAGCUCUCCUCCCUUUACAAUCUUAAGUCUCUGUUUUUGGACCAUAAUAGCUUCUCCGGAUCCUUCCCUCUUUCCGUUCUGCUUCUCCAUAGAGUAUCUUCUCUUGAUCUUUCGUUUAAUAAUUUGACCGGUGAGAUUCCGGCCGGGUUAACUGUCUUGGCUAGGUUGAACUCGCUCCGGCUGGAACAGAACCGCUUUAACGGAACGGUGCCGCCUUUGAACCAGACAUUUCUACUUACUUUCAAUGUCUCCGGUAACAAUCUCACCGGACCGAUACCGGUAACCCGGACUUUGUCGCGGUUCAAUACGACUGCUUUUUCGCUGAACCCCUCUUUGUGCGGCGAGAUCAUCAAUAAGGUGUGCACUUCGCGUGCUCCGUUCUUUGAACCACCCAAUGGUUCUUCCUCUGCAUCUUCGCCGCUCGGGCAAAGCGUGCAGUCACAAGGUGACAGAAUCGUGGUUCUUCAUCCCCCGCCGCCAAAGAUGAACCAGAAGACCGGUGUUAUUAUCGGGUUCGGUGUCGGCGUUGUUGUAAUUGCUUCCUUUUCGUUAGCUCUGGCAUUUGUAAGAAAACAGAGCAGCAAAUCAGAUUCAAAAGAAGCGAAGCCACCGUCGUCUCUUGCGGCUUCCGAUCCUUAUCAAACAAAUCCAAGAAUUGCAUCUCAAGUUGAAGAGAACAGGGAAUUCCAAGCCAAAAAGAGCAAAGUUGCAGUACCAGAGGUUCAGAAAGUGCGAAAGAGCGGGAAUCUGGUAUUUUCUGCCGGAGAGGCGGAAGUGUACAACCUGGAGCAGCUAAUGAAAGCUUCCGCCGAGCUGCUAGGAAGAGGGACCAUUGGGACUACGUACAAGGCGGUGCUUGAUAACCAGUUAAUUGUAACGGUGAAGAGGGUCGACGCAAGCAAGACGGCGAUCGUAGGAAGUGAAGAGUUUGAGGAACACAUGGAUACUGUCGGUGGGCUCCGUUACCCAAAUUUGGUUCCCGUUAGAGCUUAUUUUCAGUCCAAAGGAGAGAGGCUUAUUAUGUAUGAUUAUCAACCAAACGGCAGUCUCUUCAACCUGAUUCACGGUUCAAGAUCAACGCGGGCAAAGCCUCUGCAUUGGACGUCCUGUUUGAAGAUAGCAGAAGAUGUAGCACAGGGUCUUAAUUACAUUCACCAAGCUUCGAAGCUUGUCCAUGGCAACCUGAAAUCCUCUAAUGUGCUUUUGGGGGCUGAUUUUGAGGCCUGUCUCACCGACUACUGCCUCGCCUUCUUUUCAGAUCCUGUUGAAGAUCCUGAUUCUGCAGCCUACAGAGCCCCCGAGGCACGCAAGUCCAGCCGCAGAGCCACCCCCAAAUCGGACGUUUAUUCUUUUGGAGUCCUGUUACUAGAGCUUUUGACCGGGAAACAUCCAUCGGAGCAUCAAGUUCUAACGCCCCAUGACUUGUUGGAUUGGGUUAUAACGGUGAGAGAGGAUGACAGUGGGGAAUAUAACCGGCUCGGAAUGUUCACGGAGGUUGCCAGUGCUUGCAGGUUGACAUCGCCGGAGCAGAGGCCGGCAAUGUGGCAAGUGCUGAAGAUGAUACAAAAGAUAAAGGAGAGAGCAUUGAUGGAGAACAAUGCAAUGGGUGGAUAUUCACAGGUUCAGGGGAAGAAAAAAUGAUACUUUGAUAAGUUACCGGAUGCAGAACACUUUGGGGUUGAAACGUCAAAUAUGGGAGGAGGCACUCAUCAUCUUAUAUAAGCCAAAGCAACUGUUAACAUUAUGGAAACAGAUUGCGAGGUUCAAUAAAAUAACAUAAUAUUAUAUACAAAGUGGUGAUUGGAAUGUUGAUCAUACACAUUUUUUAUUUCGCAGAUCUCUCAUUCAAAGGAAUGGGCGAUAAAAAAUGAAAGAAUACAGCACGACAUAGCAACAGAAAGAGUUGCAUUGUAAUAGAGAAGCACCGUGAACUCACAUUACGCUUGCAACCGCAGGCCUGCCUGAGAGAACAUGAUUGAUGUGAAGCUUUACCUGUAGAAGUUAAAAUCCCAGCCAGGAUUAAGACCAUGAAAAGAACCACCUUCUCUUUCUAUAUUUACAACGCGUCUGCUUCAUGCAAAAGAUCAAGAUUGUAAGAGAAACAAUUUUCGUGUUCAUGACGAGAAUCAACUUCAUAGUUCAUCCUACAGCCACACAGUUGAUUAGAUAGAAAAUAAAGAAUAGAAAAUCAGAUGACUA